CUACAAUUGUCUAUGGACUACAAUUACAAGUUAUAGGCGGUUAUUUUUGUUAGUAAAAUAUAAGCAGUACCAAGUAAUCUGAAAAACUCUUAAAAAGAAAUGAAAUAUAAUGUAAAAAGCAGAAAGUGAGAUUCGGUAAUCAUGGGUAUCGACAAUAACAAUAUCCAUGCAGUGAAUAUAUCUUAAAAAUUGUGUUAAACUUUUUUUAAUUAUUGUUCCAAUCUAAUAUUAACAAUUGCAAGUAUUUAAUAUGAACACAAUCACUUUAUUCUUUUUGGUUUCUUUUAUGAGCGUAGGGCAAAAUAAGAAGAUUAACGGUAACUUAAGCCUUUUACAAAUUUUGUUUAGGCAUGGGGAACGAUCACCGACAGAAACUUAUAACAAUGAUCCCUACAAGAAUUAUGAUUGGCCAGGGGGAUUAGGAUUCUUAACUAACCGUGGUAAAAUGCAAAUGUAUACACUAGGACAACAACUUCGAGAACGUUAUUCUGAUUAUCUGCCUGAGUAUUAUUUGCCUGAAGAGGUCUUAACUUACAGCAGUUACUCAGAUAGGUGUCUUAUAAGUGCUGAACUGUUAUUGGCCGGGUUGUACCCACCAGUGGGGCAGCAAAUUUGGAAUCCUGAUCUUUUAUGGCAACCUAUACCUGUACAUUACAAUCCUAGAAACCUAGAUAACAUAAUAGCCAUGAAACAGCCCUGUAAAAAAUAUAAGGAAGCCUUUAAUGAGAUUUCAGCUGUUAGAUUAAACGAGAGCAUUAAAAAAUAUCCAGAUAUCUAUCGGUAUCUUACAGAACACACAGGCAGUGAAAUUAAAACCAUUGGAGACAUCGAGUUUUUAUACAGUACGUUAGAAAUAGAAGAUUUAAAUAAUUUAACAUUGCCUAAUUGGACGAAAAGAUAUUAUCCUGAACCAAUGAAAACACUUACAGCAGAAUCCUUAGCUUUAUACUCAUAUACGCCACUAUUAAAGAGACUGUCUGGAGGAGUUUUCUUGAAGAAUGUUACAGACAAUAUGCUGCAAAAAGUAGAAAACAAUACUACAAAUAAACUAAUAUUAUUCUCUGGACACGAUUUAACUGUUGUAAAUGUUAUGCGUUCAUUGGGUUUAGAUGAACUUCUCAAACCAGAAUUUGCAGCAACGAUCAUUUUUGAACUACAUAAGGAACGCGAAGUUAAAGUUUUGUAUAAGAAAAAUGUGAAUGACGAUUUUAAUGAAAUGUCUAUUCCUGGAUGCCAAAGCUCUUGUGAAUUAAGUAAUCUUGUAAAAGUAUUAGAUCCCGUCUUACCAAAAAAUUGGAAUGAGGAAUGCAUAAAAAAUGUGAUAGUUUAAUCUUUAUUUUUAGGUAUGUGUUAUUAUUAUUUCAAUAAAGAAAUAUGAGGCGUAUUUAUGAUUAAGUAGAGUAUUAACUUGUU